CCUCCAUCUCAUCUUCAUCCUCAUCCUCACCUCCCAGCCACUGUUACCGCAGAAUAUGGCCAUCUCCCUCCCCCUACCAGAAGUAUCUUCCCUCUCAGACACAACAGAUUUCAGUAAAACUGUGACCCCCUUCCUUCACCAACUCUCGAUUUCCCACAUUCAACCACUCCUCACUGGCCAAGUGCCCGUUAAAGAAUGGUACCUAUCGACCAACCCACUAAUAACCGCCGCGCACUUUGCCCUUGCGAUGACCUUGAUUGUGCUCGUCACUAGUGAGAUCAAUAGGAAUUACUCCCAGGUUGAUCGUUUGUGGAGUUUGUUGCCGACAAUUUACAUUGGGCAUUACACGCUCUUUGCUCACAUGAACGGAUUGGAUACACGGAGGCUUAACACGCUGAGUGCUUUUUCGUUGCUUUGGAGUAUUAGGCUAACCUACAAUUACUGGCGUAGGGGUGGGUACAAUAUUGGUUCGGAAGACUACCGCUGGGAGAUUGUCCAAAAAUCUAUCCCCCGUUGGGGCUUCAUCCUCCUGAACAUAGUCUUCAUCUCCUUCAUCCAGAACGUCCUCCUAGCUAUGAUCACUGCUCCGGCCUACAUCCACCUCCUAGCCUCCACCCUCCCCACCGCCCCCGCCUGGUCCUUCACCGACGUCUUACUCUCCCGUAGCCUCCUCCUGAUCCUAUUCGUAGAGGCCUUUGCAGACCAACAACAGUGGGUCUACCAGAGUGCUAAGACGGCCUACCUCGCCACCGGCAUUGUACCGCGCGGCUACACCAAAGCCGACCUCGACCGUGGCUUCGUAAUUACUGGUCUAUGGUCAUUCUGUCGCCACCCCAAUUACACCGCUGAGCAGAUUAUCUGGGCGCUCGUGUACCAGUGGUCGUGCCUUGUUUGCGAUGAGCUCUGGAAUUGGACUGGCUUGGGCGCGGUGGCGUAUAUGGCAUUGUUCCAGGCGAGCGUUCGGCUGACGGAGGAGAUUACUGCGGGGAAGUAUAGGGAAUAUAAGGAGUAUCAGAAGAUGGUCAAUAAGUUUGUGCCCGGUUUGGGGGCGCUUACUGGGGCAUCGGGGUUUGAGAAGAAGAAAUAGGUGGUUCUUGCCUUCCUACUGCCUAUUCCCUCUCGUCAUGUAAUAUAGUUUCUUCUGUCACUUGGAUUCACUAGGAGUAGCAGGAUUUCAGAUGCCA